UGCCGGAGUUGCCGCCCGCCGCUGCCGCCGCGCGCGCCGGGGAAAGUUGGUCUCCCUCAGGGCGGCGGCGGGGGCGGCCGGGCCGCGCUCCCUCUCUCCCUCCCUUCUCCUCCUCCGUUUCCUCCUCCCCGGCGGCGGCUCCGAUGCGGCGGAAGCAGAAGCGGUUGCUGCAGGCGGUGGCGCUGGUGCUGGUCGCCCUCGUCUUCUUACCCAACGUGGGGCUCUGGUCCCUGUACCGCGAGCGGCAGCUGGAGGGCGGCGGGGCGGCCGGCGGGGAGGGGGCCGCCGCCGCGGGGCCGCCGGGGGCAGCGGCCGGCGAAGCGCCGGCAUCAUACGUGAGACAAAAGAAGGACCCUUACUUUGGUGAUGGAGAAAGGAAAAAGGACUGGCAUAACAAAGAAGCUAUAAGGAGGGACUCUGAGCGUGUAGGAAAUGGAGAACAGGGAAAACCUUACCCAAUGACUGACGCAGAGCGAGUGGACCAGGCAUACAGGGAAAAUGGCUUUAAUAUCUUUGUGAGUGAUAAAAUUUCUCUGAAUCGUUCCCUUCCAGACAUCAGACAUCCAAACUGCAAGAAUAAGCUAUACCUGGAGAAGCUUCCAAACACUAGCGUGAUAAUACCGUUCCACAACGAAGGAUGGUCCUCUCUCCUCCGGACAGUGCACAGCGUCCUAAACCGCUCCCCUCCUGAGCUGAUAGCAGAGAUAGUGCUGGUGGAUGACUUCAGUGACAGAGAACACCUGAAGAAACGCCUGGAAGAUUAUAUGGCCCAGUUCCCAAAUGUAAGAAUCCUCCGAACCAAAAAGAGAGAAGGACUGAUAAGAACACGAAUGCUGGGGGCCUCUGUGGCGAUAGGGGACGUCAUCACCUUCUUGGAUUCCCAUUGCGAGGCCAACGUGAACUGGUUGCCACCUCUGUUAGAUCGCAUUGCCCGAAACCGCAAGACUAUCGUUUGCCCUAUGAUUGAUGUUAUUGAUCAUGACCACUUUGGAUAUGAGACUCAGGCUGGAGACGCAAUGCGAGGUGCAUUUGACUGGGAGAUGUAUUACAAGAGGAUCCCUAUUCCUCCUGAGUUACAGAAACUUGAUCCCAGUGAUCCCUUUGAGUCUCCUGUAAUGGCUGGAGGACUGUUUGCAGUCGAUAGAAAGUGGUUCUGGGAGCUGGGAGGGUAUGAUGCAGGUCUGGAGAUAUGGGGAGGAGAGCAGUAUGAAAUAUCCUUUAAGGUUUGGAUGUGUGGGGGUCGCAUGGAGGACAUCCCUUGCUCUAGAGUUGGUCAUAUCUACAGAAAAUACGUUCCAUACAAGGUUCCAACAGGAGUCAGCCUGGCAAGAAACUUGAAGCGGGUGGCUGAGGUGUGGAUGGACGAAUACGCGGAGUACAUAUACCAGCGUAGACCAGAGUACCGGCAUCUUUCUGCGGGGGACGUCGCAGCUCAGAAGGAACUUCGCAACAACCUCAAUUGCAAAAGCUUCAAGUGGUUUAUGAACGAGGUCGCCUGGGACUUGCCAAAGUUUUACCCGCCAGUGGAGCCUCCAGCAGCUGCUUGGGGAGAGAUACGCAAUGUAGGAACUGGACUGUGUGUGGAUACUAAGCAUGGAGCCCUGGGAUCCCCACUGAGGCUGGAAAACUGUGUGAAGGACAGAGGAGAGGCAGCAUGGAACAACGUGCAGGUAUUCACGUUCAGCUGGAGAGAAGACAUCCGUCCCGGGGAUCCUCAGCAUACCAAGAAGUUUUGUUUUGAUGCCAUUUCCCACAGCAGCCCUGUGACCCUCUAUGACUGUCAUGGAAUGAAGGGGAACCAGCUCUGGAGAUACCGAAAAGACAAGACCCUCUACCAUCCAGUAAGCAGCAGCUGUAUGGACUGCAGUGAGAGUGACCGAAAGAUCUUUAUGAACAGCUGCAAUCCUUCAUCUCCAACACAGCAGUGGAUAUUUGAACACACAAACUCAACCGUCUUGGAAAAAUUUAACAGAAAUCUUGAUCUUUAAAAGACUGAGAAAAAAAAAAUAUAUAUUUUACAAUUAUAGUUUUUACUGGGGAGGGUUACAGAAAAUUUUUUUAAGAAUACUUUUUUUUAAACAGUUAAUGAAGGUAAAAGGGAGAAUCUCAGGAGAAGGUUAACUAGCAGGCUAGUCUUUAUUGUGAAGAUGCUGCAUCCUUCUCUUCUGGGGAUGGUGGAAUUUUAAAGGCUUUGCCAGAGCCACUUCUGUGCUGAGACUGGAACAGAAACUCUGUUUUUAGAGGAGUCUGAAUGUGAUUCAAACUGCUUUUUUUUUUUUUGCUUUUGUUUUUUGACUAUUUUGUUUCCCACCUGGGUCUGAUGUUAAAUGAUUUUAUCCGGGACUCUCCAGGACUUUCUGUAGCUGCUAUACCACCCACUGAAGCAUUCCCACAUGCGUGUUUUAUCUUCCAAAGUCCAUCUAAGUAAAAUCUUGAAUACAAGAUUUAAUCCUGUGAUCAAAAAAAAAAAAAAGCCAUCAAAAUGUAAAAUGAAUUUUUUUUUUUUUUUGCCCUAAACCAAAAUAUAUUUCAAACAGGUAUUAUGACUUUCCAAAUCAUAGCUCUGAUAGAGGAAUGAGCUCUAGUGGAAGUGCAGCAAGGUGAGAGGAAUAUCGCUGUAGUUAUUAGUGACAAGGAAUCUGGGUUUCUGGUCCAUUCACUUUGCAGUCACUUUGUCACUCACUGUUGAAUCUUCAAGGUGAAAGAUUAGCAGAGGGUUUCUAAGUAAGCACAGUUCUUACAGGUGAAGAUUUUUGCUAAGAGCCUUUAGAAAUUGGGUUCCAAAUUUACUUCUUAUUCAGAAUCUUUUUAGCACGGACACCCCUAGGGUUUUUCAGAGUUAAAUCUACUACAUGAAGGCAACUUCCAUUUUUCCUUUAGAGGUGUGAAGGCUAACUUAAUUCACAGUUGAUGUGAGCAGAUUAAUUCAGGAUAAUUAAGUCAGAGCUGAGAUUAGCCAUUGGUCUUUAUCUAUUUGUUCAUCAGUCAUGAGUUCUGUGAUCAGUAGUGUUCUAGCCUUGUGGGAAUGUGCUAUUAAUCUCUUUUCCUUUCCCAACAUCCACAGCACUGUACAGUUUAUUGUGACUGGAAAUCUGUUUGCUUAAGCAGACGUGUGGGAUCGAUGGGCCAGUUUCACUAGUGCCCUGUCCCUUGUGCAGUCAGUUAGCAGUGCAAGGUAUCACCCUUCUGGUUUGUCUGCAGGAUCUGCCAGACACUGAACCAGAAUUGUCUCAUCCCAGGAGCUGGAAAAAAGUAGUGAUGCUAAAGGAUGAAUGGAGAACCAUUGGUUUCAAGUCUAUCUGAAGCAAGUGUUUAAAAAAAACCCACACUGGUUUAAAAUUAAGUUGUUGCAAAAACAGAUUUAAUAGUUCAGCCCACUUAGUCUUAUACUGAAGGCAGCAGUGGCAUUUUCUCGUAAAAGCUGUGAAUGACGGUGCAGUUAACCUUUUGCAAAGAUGCUGUGUAAAUCAAUAAAACCAGCCCUUUUCCAGUAAUUGCCCUGCUCCACAGUUUGUCCAGCUGAGGAGGUAGUGUGCAGCCAGCUCUGAGAGUGGAAGACUGGAACACUCAGGGUAGGAGCAGGGCACCCCUCUGGGACUCUUGAUGAGCACAAUUGAUGGCCUUCCCCUCCUUGGAGGGGCAGGGAAGCUCUGCUCUGAGGUGGCUUGCUUUCCUGUGAAGGCAAGGAGAUUUUUGCCUAGUGUCACGAAACAAGCAGGCUGGCUUCCUCUGCAGAGCUCCAGAAGUAAGAAGCCCUUUCUGAUGUUGCCAGUUGUGGGAUCAUUGCCCAUGUUUCAGACGUCUGUGAGGCCAUGUAGUGCUGUGUCUGUCACCUGGGAGCAGACUAGGACACAACUAGCUGCCUCUCAAGCCUGAUGUGUUGACUAUGAGGCUCAAAGUCAUUUCCACCUCUCUUAUCCUCGCAGCUGAGGCCCCGUCUGACCUGUUUUGCCAACUUACCUUGCCCAUGCAGUCAGGAAGCAAGGGAAACACAGGCACUGCAUUGCAGCUGGGACCGGGCUUGCCAAAUGUGUUAGUGUCUGGAGUAAAGAAAGAAAAAAGCUCUAGGCUUUCCUUGUGACAGUUUUGCAGCAGUAUCGCUAAGGAAGUGAGACCAGUGUCAAACAGAGAUGACAUCUUAUGUUCUCAGUAACUACAAUAUGUCUGUCAUUAAGGAUCCCUUUUCAUUUCUGUGGGAGACAGAGCCCCUUUCCAGUGCAUUGUGUCUGACCGUUGCUUUCCUUAAGUUAUUAAUGCUCUCAUUAGUCUAGUAGUGCUGACUGUGGAUGGCUAGAUGGCCUGACUAGAUGUCUUUAUGAAUGUUUUAAUACCUGUGGAACAAGAAGCUGUUUGUCCAUGAACAGUGCUAGUUUUUUAUAAUUGGGACACAAUCAGCAAAUGAUAUAAAUGGACUGUAGGUCAUUCUGCUUGCAGCUUGCAACUUUGUGUGUCUUAGUUUUCCAAUGAGAGAAUUAGCUUCUGUUUCUAAAAUGCAUGGCUUGCUUUGUACUUGGGCUCACCUUGUGUAGAGAGUCCUAGCUGCUUGGCUUGCUGGAGGCUGGCUUCAGAGAGAACUGCAGUAACGAACAGGUCUUUUACCACUUAAUGAUCUUAAUUUGGAGCAAAAGGACAGCUCUUAGCAGUGUGCAACAAAAGAUUAAGUAAUUGUUGAGGCAAUUCCUGUUUGACAACCCACCACCAGUAUGUGGAAACUGGAGCUUUGGUGUGAGUGGUCCUACUGGGUCCUUCUCUAGUAUGGUUGACCUGUUUUCUGAAGGUUCGGGAUCUGAGUGUGAUCAGUGCCCCACAAAUUCUGUACAAUUCUGACUGGCUCGCUGGGCUUAGAGCUAUUAAUUUAUUUACAUCAAUUAUACUUUUCAAUACCCUAGAGGCUUUGCUAACUAAUGAGAAGACUUAAUAUAGCCAACCAUCCACUGAUUGAGAAAUAGAAGCUGUAUUUCAUCAUCUACAUCUUUAAUUGAGCCUUUGCUGGGCAAUCUGGUUAAUUAUUCCAAUUACUUUUGGUUAUUUGUAAGCAAAAUUGCUAAAGCAUGAAUACAUAAGCAAAUCUUCACAUCUGCAUGCAAGUCAAGACUGGAGAUUAAAUACCAGUGAUUAACUAAUGCAAAAUAAAUGUUUUCAUAUUUUUUCCCCAAAAAUAUUCAAACAAACCUUCUCUCCAAGGCUGCAUAAAUUCUGCUGCUUUUAAGUUUCAGAAUCCCAGACAACAGGGGGAUCCCUGGAUGUGUUUUAUGUCGCAUAAUACUACUUUGAUUAGCUCUUGAAGCUCUUGUUGAUUUAUACUGGUGCUAAUCUCUAAGGCCUACAAACAGAGUAAUAGGUUUGGGGCUCGUAUAUGUGCAAGAUGUCUUUUUUCAUGCCUGGGAAAUUAACUUUCUUUUCCACACCAUAAUAGAGGAAAGUGUGGGCCUUACUGAAAGGGGAAUACAGCAUCAUUAAAAUAAAGAUGUGCCUUUUUAAAUGUAAAUGUACAGCAAAUGCUUAAACUUGAACCAUUUUCUAGUGCCUUGCUGGACAAGAGAAGAGGGGAAGGGAUUGGGAGAUAAGGAUGUAAGAGAAAGCUUGACGUGCAGUGUUUGUGUUUGUGUGUGUUUUUUAAAAUGUCUGACUUGGGUGCAAAAUUUAUGUCAGUAAUUCAGAAGCUCCUGGGUUUCCUCUGUUAAAUUGAUAUCAUUAAUGACUCUGGGAGGGUUUGUCACUCCUGAUAGGAAGACUUGGAAAGGACGGCACCUUCCUCGUGGUACGCUGUAACAACUAAGGCUAGACCAGAGGAUGUCUUGGUUAGCUAUUGGAUGUUUAUCUCAUGGUGAAGGCUCAUGCAUUUGACCGGCAUGCGAGAUCCUGCAUUUUAUUUUCUAAGUAUCCAAAUCAGAAAUCACAAAUAGUCCCAAAGGGAUAUAAAAUCUGUAGCAGAAGCAUCUUUCAGAAAGCCGAUGCCUUCCAUCACUGGGGAACUUUUAAACAGUGUGUUCUAAUCUCUAAUACAGAAGUAGCAAGAAAGCAAUUUCUCAGCUUAACUUUCUUCCUGGUUUGUUUUACAGUAGUCUAGGCACAGGGCUUUGCUUUCCUUUACUGCAGAGUUCCAGUCAGCAAACCUUCCUCCUCCCUGCUGCUCUGAGACAUCAAUGUAGUGAAAGUCAAACAGGCACCACCAGCAACCAGCAUUGCAAGAGCACAGUGCUCUCACAGCUAUAUAAGAUCAUUAUAGUAGCUAUGCUGGCUUACAUCACCAAGGGGAGAGAGAUAUCCUAAAAGUCAUACCGGGCAAUCACGUAACUGCUGAGUAAAAAGGGAGAAGCUUUUAUUUUAAAUUGUCUUUCAAGAUAUGGACAGACGCUUGAAUGGUUUUGACUGGAGAGAACAGACAGCCUUUAGCAGUCAGCCUGUCACGGUUUCAUUUGAAAGAGCCCUCAUAAAGUUAUGUCUGAAACAGUCUGGCUCUGCUAGCACAAGGGAUUCAAGUGUACCUUGCAUCCCACAUCCGCUCCCAACUGCUGUGGUCCUUGUUCCUACUCACCUACUACAUUUCUAACCACUUGCAACAAAGGAGCCUGGUAGUGCCUAAGUUGGUCCUUAUCUGACAAGCGGCAAUCUGGGUUUCCAUUUUAACAAUCCUUUAGCGUGAAAAGCUUCUUAAAUAGUUAGCAAACUGUUGCCAAAAUGGUGAGUAGCUCUAGGUUAAUGUCAGAGUCUCUGGGGGUAGGAUCAAAAGGUCUUUGACAGGAUCAUAGCAGAAGUCCUCUCCUGGUUUGAGUGGAGGGGAGAGAUGCAGAGGGUGGAGAAUGGGAAAGCUGAGCUCUGAAAUUUCCAUCAGCAUUCAACGCACAGUUGUCAAUCCAUUUCAUAUUCCUCAUUAACCAGUCAGAUUGAUUUAUUCACAUUAUAAAUUUAAAGUGUAACUGAAAUAAACUCACCUCCUGCUCCAAUUGCUCCUUUGUAGUGUCACGCUUUAACUCAGAGAUCUGUAUGAAACUAGCCAAUGAUAGAUUAUGGAAACCCUAAUAAAAAUCCUGUGUCUGUUUUUUGACUCUGCCUCUGCUAGCUGAGUAUGCUCCUUUAUUUGCUGCAUUUUGAGCUUUCUUGAUGCUUCUGUAUGACCUAAAAGGCUUCAGUGAUUCCAGCAGAUGUGGGGGAUUUGGGAGUUUUGUAUAAAGCCACUGGAUCUAUGUGGUUUUAAAUCUACUAGUUCAAGUCUAGGAAAAAAGUCCUAAUCCCAGUUAGUGAGCAAGCAAAUGUGAACUUCAACCACAAAACAAGAUAAAAACUGAUCAAGCUAAUAGACUAAAAUGUUAGCCCUUAAGAUAACAAUAACAAAUAGCUUUAGCCUCUAGGGUGGAGAAGGGAAUUGGUUUCAACAUGCAUUCUCCAGGAUCUUGGUGAUAAGGUCUAAGUUUGUCUAUUCCUUGUACUGCAUGCAUUUUAUCUGUAAAACUGGAUGGUGCCUCUUGAAUCAGUGUAUAUUUAUUUCUGUGCAUAUUAGGACCAACAGCCUAAUAUCUGGGGGUGGUAAAGGACUUGUAGCACUUUAAUGUAGUAGCUUUCAUAAAUUGGGAAUCAUUGAUAGAAUGCCUAGUGUUUUUAAAGUUGAAUGGACUUCCUUUUAUAAUAUAUUUAAAAUAAAUUUU